AUGGCUCAUCAGAACGUUUGGUACUCGCGCCCACGCAACUUUGGUAAGGGCUCCCGCAACUGCCGUGUCUGUGGUAACCAGGGUGGUCUUGUCCGCAAGUACGGCUUGAACAUCUGCCGUCAGUGCUUCCGUGAGAAGGCUAACGUCAUUGGCUUCCACAAGUACCGUUAA